AUCCCAAAAAGUGAUCGUAGGCAAGUGAUUCCAAAAAGGUGACCCAGCCACAACGCGAGUCUCUCUCUCUUUCUCUCCAACACAGAUACACAGAUUCUACUAUCAAUUCUCACACAUUCACACCCUCACUGCGUGAAAGAUUUGCACAUUUUGUGGCCACUCACUUCCUGUGUGCGUGUGAAGAGCCUCUCCGUUGCAAGCGGCGCCAUUCCAGUUCAAAUGGAGGCUAACAACGGUGGCGCUGUGGCGGCCGAUCUGCCGGAGGGCUUCCCCUCCGUAAUCCCGGGUUGGUUCUCCGAGAUUAGCCCAAUGUGGCCUGGAGAAGCACACUCAUUGAAGGUGGAAAAGAUAUUGUUUCAGGGAAAGUCCGAUUACCAGAACGUAAUUGUUUUUCAGUCAUCAACUUAUGGAAAGGUUCUUGUCUUGGAUGGAGUGAUUCAACUCACAGAGAGGGAUGAGUGUUCUUAUCAAGAAAUGAUCACUCAUCUUCCACUUUGCUCCAUUCCCAACCCGAAAAAGGUUUUGGUAAUUGGGGGAGGAGAUGGUGGAGUCCUGCGUGAAGUGUCGCGCCAUUCAUCAGUCGAGAAGAUAGAUAUCUGUGAGAUCGACGAAAUGGUAGUUGAUGUUUCUAAACAGUUCUUCCCAAGCGUAGCCAUUGGAUUUGAUGAUCCCCGUGUCACACUACACAUCGGAGAUGGAGUGGCGUUUCUGAAGGCUGUCCCUGAAGGAACCUAUGAUGCAGUCAUAGUAGAUUCCUCAGACCCAAUUGGCCCCGCUCAGGAGCUGUUCGAGAAACCCUUCUUUGAGUCCGUUGCUAGGGCUCUUCGCCCGGGUGGCGUUGUCUGCACACAGGCCGAGAGCAUAUGGCUUCAUAUGCACAUUAUAGAGGGCAUUGUUGCAAACUGCAGCCAGGUUUUUAAAGGCUCUAUCAACUAUGCUUGGACAACAGUUCCUACAUAUCCAAGUGGGGUUAUCGGCUUCAUGCUGUGUGCGACUGAGGGGCCUGCCGUUGAUUUCAAGAAUCCAGUAAACCCAAUUGACGGUCGUGUUGGGGAUAAGGGAGAGUUGAAGUUUUACAACUCUGAGAUCCAUUCUGCAGCUUUCUGCUUGCCCUCAUUUGCCAGAAAAUUGAUUCCGGCAAAAGACUGAUUGAUAUGGUAAAGGUAAAACUACUGGAUUAAAUUUAUUUUUUUCUACAAAUCUUGGAGUGAGAAACCUAUGUUUCAUUUUUGUCUGGACAAUGUAAGAAUUCAUUUUCGUUGAACCAUUUAUUAUGAUCAUGUAAUUUCCAUAAA